CUUUGAGUGCAGCGCGCCGCACGCUACCUUGCGCUUACGCAUUACUCAAGCUCGCUGUAACGAGACGUAAUCAUUACUGUGUUUGAUUAAUUUAACGAUCAUAAUAACUUUUUUUCUUCCAAACUUUCUCAACACGACGAAAGUUCGUUUCUUUUUGUGUGUGUAAUAAAACCAUGGAUCAAAGCGGGAAGGGUGUCCGGAAUGCAUCAGACGCAUAUACCCCGAUCUAUUUCCGGGCGCGUUUGUCGGUCGUGUUCGUGUAGGCGCCGUUCAUUUUAAACCAAAACAUGCGCGAGCUCGGCCGUGGGGGCUCAUUCGUAGCAGCCACCAUAGCGGCGUUGCACAACCGCGCCACGGACUCGAAGCCUCGGACGAUUAAAUCGAGAUCGAACUCCGCCGAGAUCACAAACACGCUCCGCACCGGAACGCAAGAUCACUUCGGGGAGGAUAUCUCUCGGCGGGCGUCGGACUGCAGCGAGCGACCUCUGUCCACGGCGUCUGAGGCCUCCUCGCGUGACUCCGCUUCCGUGCAGUCGAGUGAGGAACCGCCCCCACAGGAGAGCGGUGACUCGGAUAGCCCUGACGAAGCGACCGUGAAAUGCACGGCUUGGAAAGACGGCGCGGUACCGGCGCGAGCUGAGUCUUCAUCAGACAGCGAGUCCAGUUCUACCAGCGAGGAUGACUCUGAAGAGAGAGAAUAUGAAACUCAAGGGAACGAUGCAGAUUAUCGCACGUUGACACCCAGCAGACGUUUGGACAACUCGACGCGGCGUGACGAUGAUUUCAAAUGGAUGCCAUCUGGUGAAGUGACGGAUGACCGAGAUCCGAUGGAAGCUAAAGGGGAUGAUUAUUCCGCUGCGAGUUUAGAUAGACGUCGGCGAUUGCCGUCAGAUCGCAGUGACCGUGACCGAAAAAGUAGGUCGUCGGUGUCAUCGAAGCCUCCUCAGCACCCGUCGAGCGUGCGGGCGUCGCCGAAGCCUCGUAAGCAUCGUGCGGAGGAGACGCCUCCUGACUUGCACCGGCGAUGGAACUCGUACGAGCACUUUCGCUGGCCGCCGGAGGGCGGGUGGUGGCCGCCGAUGUGCUGGUGCCACGGGCCGCCGGCGCCGCCGCCGUGCUGUAUGCAUGACCGCGCCUGGCCCUCGCACCCUUCACUUCCACCGGUGCCGGCGCGAACUUACAAGAACGAUGCAGAAGACCGAGUCAGAAGGCUGGAGGCGGACAAGGAGAGUCUACACCUCCAAGUGCAGGUGCUGUCAGAACAGAUCGCGGCCCAGAACGAGAAGAUGAGUGACCUGGAGCGCUCGCUCCACGACGCGCGCCAGAGGCUAGACGAUGCGGAGCAAAGGCUGCAGAAGGAAAUGCUACAAAGGUCAUCCCUGGAGACGCAAAAACUGGAGCUGUUAUCGAAACUGAGCGAAGUGCGACUACGAGUGGCCGAGCGUGGCUUGCUAGAGCGCUCACCGCCGCCCGACGCCGGCGGUCCGCUCGUCAGGCCCGCGCCUCCUAGGACACCGCCAGCGAACUACGGGCGCUCCAUCGAGCGGAAUACCCACAUGUAUUCGUCGCUACCUCGCUCGUCCGUGGUGGCGUCGGACGCGCGCGUGGCGUUCGCGGAGAAAGAGGAAGCAAUACCGCGCGGCAGUCCAUCCCCCUCGCUCAGAGAAGUGCGAUCGCGACUCGGCAGCGGCGGCGGCGGAAUUCGGUUGGAAGGAGACGAUAUUGCGCGCGCGUCGAUACGAUCUACAGGACCCCGACCCAGGAUGACUCCUAUGCCUUGUCGGGACUUUGAAACCACCUGCGGCUGGCUGGAGAGCCUCGGGCUGGAGGUGUACGCGGCCGCCGCCAGGAGCUGGCUGGGCGGGGCGCCGGACGCGCGCGGCGUCAUCGCGGCCGCCUCGCCGCAGACCAUCGACAAGGAGCUCGCCGUCAAGCACCCGAUGCAUAAGAAGAAGAUUGUGCUUGCGCUUACGGAUUUGUUGUUAGUAAUUAGUCGGGACUUUGAAACCACCUGCGGCUGGCUGGAGAGCCUCGGGCUGGAGGUGUACGCGGCCGCCGCCAGGAGCUGGCUGGGCGGGGCGCCGGACGCGCGCGGCGUCAUCGCGGCCGCCUCGCCGCAGACCGUCGACAAGGAGCUCGCCGUCAAGCACCCGAUGCAUAAGAAGAAGAUUGUGCUUGCGCUUACGGAUCUGUUGUCGGGACUUGAAACCACCUGCGGCUGGCUGGAGAGCCUCGGGCUGGAGGUGUACGCGGCCGCCGCCAGGAGCUGGCUGGGCGGGGCGCCGGACGCGCGCGGCGUCAUCGCGGCCGCCUCGCCGCAGACCGUCGACAAGGAGCUCGCCGUCAAGCACCCGAUGCAUAAGAAGAAGAUUGUGCUUGCGCUUACGGAUCUGUUGUUAGUAAUUAGUCGGGACUUCGAUACCACCUGCGGCUGGCUGGAGAGCCUCGGGCUGGAGGUGUACGCGGCCGCCGCCAGGAGCUGGCUGGGCGGGGCGCCGGACGCGCGCGGCGUCAUCGCGGCCGCCUCGCCGCAGACCGUCGACAAGGAGCUCGCCGUCAAGCACCCGAUGCAUAAGAAGAAGAUUGUUUUAGCGCUUACGGAUCUGCUGUUAGUAAUUAGUCGGGACUUUGAGACCACCUGCGGCUGGCUGGAGAGCCUCGGGCUGGAGGUGUACGCGGCCGCCGCCAGGAGCUGGCUGGGCGGGGCGCCGGACGCGCGCGGCGUCAUCGCGGCCGCCUCGCCGCAGACCGUCGACAAGGAGCUCGCCGUCAAGCACCCGAUGCAUAAGAAGAAGAUUGUUCUGGCGCUUACGGAUCUGUUGGGUGGUCACGGCGACCCGAUGCUGACGGCAUCAGGUCAACUGGACACGGCAUGGGCGCUACGCUGGUUAGAAGACAUCGGCGUGUGCGGCGCCCGAGGGGCCGCAAGCGAGGCCGCGCUGGACGGCCGCCUGCUGCACCGCUUGUCACACAGCGAGCUACACGCGCACCUGCGUGUCACGCACGCCUUGCACGCGCUGUCCAUACGCCGCGUAUCAGGGCAACUGGACACGGCGUGGGCGCUGCGCUGGUUGGAAGACAUCGGCGUGUGCGGCGCCCGAGGGGCGGCAAGCGAGGCCGCGCUGGACGGCCGGCUGCUGCACCGCUUGUCACACAGCGAGCUACACGCGCACCUGCGCGUCACGCACGCCUUGCACGCGCUGUCCAUACGCCGCGGCAUCCAAGUCCUCCGCGAGAACAAAUUUAACCCGGAGACGAUGAUCCGGCGAGCCGUGGAGGGCGAAGCGACAGGCGGCGAGGACGGCGAGCCGGCGACAGGGCUGGCGCGCUGGUCCUCGCACCGCGUCAUGCAGUGGCUCAAGGAAAUUGACCUGGCGGAAUACGCGCCGAACCUGCGCGGCGCAGGAGUCCAUGGAGGCCUUAUGUUACUAGAACCACGCUUCACUGCAGAGCUUCUAGCGGCGUUACUAAACAUCCCCGCCAACAAAACCUUAUUACGGCGGCAUCUUACGCAGAGAUUUAACGACUUAUUAGGCAGGGAUGUGAUACAGCAGAAGAGAAAUGCGGAACAAACCCUAGGCUACCAGCCUUUGACCGCGACAACCAAAUACAAGGUACCAAAGAAGAGCCAGUUCUCUCUAAAGCGCAAGAAGAGCAAAGACGAGCUCGACCUGGUGGACUUAGUGUGUCCGCUGCACGACGACUGCUCAGGUGACGCUCCCACCUCGCCAACGAUGAAAGUAAAAUCAGCAACAGCGGGCGUCGCGUCGGCUGUCUCUCCCCAGCGUGACGACGCGCGCGCACAAUAGCGCCGCCUACCGCCCCCUUACCGGUUUCAUUAUGCCACGGAAUGGCCACUACACGUUGCAUCUGACACGCAAGCCUUAUAAAGGACCAAUAACAAUCGUUCCAGUGAUAUUCACCAGUACGAAUAAGUAAAAGUGACAUUAAUUUAUAUACAUAAAUUGCAAAUAACCAUCGACAAAGUAACCUUGUCGCGUUGUAUCAAUCGGUGUAAGUGAAUUUGGAUAAAAACGGUGCUAAAUUUCCAACAAUUUUCAAGUCAGUGCACGACCAAGUGAAGCCGGUAGCGCGGGGACUGUGUGUAAUCAUUGAAUCGUGUUUAUAACGAGUAAUAUGACUAACUAAUAAAUUCGAGUCUUACUGCCAAAAAUCAAAUUACGGUUUGUUAGUUGAUGUUAAGAACCUCUUAAAUAUUUAUUUUAAAGAUAUUUAAAUUAACCUUUAAUUUUGUAGCGAUUUUUAAGUCGAUGAAAUAUAUUUUUUAAAAGCUUUCUAUUUAUUGGUUGAAUGUGUAUUGUACGAAAUGAGAUUUUUAUAAAUGGAUCAGUGAAAGCAAUAGACAUUCCAAAUAUUUAACGGUUUUUGUCGACGUUUGGCAAUACACGAAUUCAUAGCACUUAGAAUAUUACAAUAAAAUUAAAAACAGUUUUCUUGAUAGAUACGUUUUGAUAGAUUUUAUAAUCAUACGGUUUUGAGCUGUACUUAGCGCAUUUAAAUAAUAAGUAGCUUAUUAGAAAAUGACUGAAAACCGACAAUAUUGAUAUGGUCUCAUUUCUAUUUGCUGCAAAUAUCUUUCUUGUAGUAUAUUGUUAAGAUGUAUUACUAUAAAUAGUAUAGACAACUUACGUGUUGUUUUUCUAAGAGUUUUCUUUGUUAGUGUUUUGAAGAGUGUAUUUAUAAAUCAGAAUAAUUAUAUAAUAAAAAAUAACAUUGAUCGCUCUUAAGCGUCGGUUACAAAAUAUCUAGUUUUCUCAGUGAAUUAAGUCAAAGUAGUCUCAACUGGAGACGAAACAGUAUUGGUCAUUUAAUCUUCAAGUCGUGUUGUUUAGAAUGUUAAAUUGAAAUAUAAAAAAUUAUGUACAAGUACAACAAAAUCUUAGCGGGAGAUAAUGUCCUAAGACAUAAAACGCACUUUUGUUAUAUCAUCAAUGUACAUACUUGUUGUUUUGUAAGGUCUAGGUCUACGCUUAACUCAGUGCUUGAGGUUUGGGAGUGGUACGGGAGGGGUGACAUUGACAUAUUAUGGCGUGACAGAGCUUAGGCCUCAGC